GUUUUAACUACACAGCUCGUCGACUGCCCUUGUCUCGUUUGAGGUAAGCAAGGAAAUAUAUGGCGAACUUGGUUCAUGUAAAUUGAAGUAACCUUCACUCAACGUCUUAACUCAUUACGAUCAACGCUAACCUUAAAUAAGCAUCAUGGGAUCCAGUGAGAGCAAGAUGCUUGUAUCUGCACCAAUAAAACCAGAACCAGCCCUCAAAAACGGACAUGUCAGUCAUCUGAAGGAUCCACGCUCUCCAUCAGAAGGCAUUAAUCGCAAUCCUAUUCAGGUGUGUGGGCUUGUGUCCCAAACUACUGCUGCGGUGAAAAGUGAGUGUCCAAUGGCAUUCACUGAUCCCCGCUCACCUACUGUUGGCAUUAUCCGCACUCCAAUCAGAGACGUCAUGAGAGCGACAGUUGGGUCCUUUGCUCGCCGCCUGGGCAUGCUUCUCCCCAAUGAGACUGAAGGCAAAGUACCUGAAGCCCCUCAGAAACGCUUUAAUGAUGCCGUGGAGGAGGACGCCUUCAAGGGUGAGGAGCUGGCUUCCACUGAGCCACUCCUGACUCCUCAGUCUUCCCACACCUUUGGGUCCUUGGCUGAGCAUGCUAACCUCCUUGCCACUCCUGUGCUUCGACCCCUCCAGAGCGUGGGUGACUCAAGCCCCUUUGUGCUUCUUGAGGAGCCCCAGGCGGAGGUGGAGAUAGAAACAGAGGCAGAUAUUAGCCUGGAGGAGGCAGAAGAAGCAAGAGAGUCUCCUCUUCACAAGAGACUGAGCAUGAGCCUGAUAACUUGCCAUGAGGGAGCAACCCCAUCACAGGUCUUUGCUGAGGUGCACCGUGACAGUACUUCUUCUCCAGUACCUAGCGUGGAAGUGGAGCCACUCAGGGAUGGUGUGGAUCACUCUUAUGCCGUUCCGUCUAAAACUGUUGAACCAGAGUCCCCCGUUAAGCCUGCCCCAACCACUGAUCUUAAAAAUUCCCCCGUUCAGACAUCCCCUGCACAGCCAGAAGAAGCAGAGAAACUGUCAUCUUCUGAAGACACAGAGGAGCUUGUUAAAGAAUAUUCUUUGCUUCCUGCAUUAGCUUCAUCAGAGCCACCAACUGUCCCCAGCCCAGAGCAGCCUCAGCUCUGCAACGGCAUCCGCUUCCCCACCUUGGACUCGAAAAGUCCCAGUCAGGUGGUGUUCAAGCCGCAGUGGUUGGGAAAAGGCUUUGGUGCCUCUGGACUAAGAGCCAGAGGAUUGCAGGGCCAGGGUGGAAAAGGAGGCUCCUCUCCUCUGGCUGUCCGUGUGGCCGUUAAGAACGCAACCAAUGAAAACAAGGGACAGUCUGGAAAACUAAAGCAGAAAGGUACUGAAGGCCGCUCCCCACUGCAGAUCCUUAAGGAGGCCAACUCGCCCAGGGACCAACGUUCUCAGAUGAAGCUGAAGGUGUCCACCCCCGAUAAGCAGAGGCGUGGACAGAUGGACCGCAGAGUGCUGGCAGUGGCUCUGGAUAAAGAGAACAGAUGAUGCACUGCAGAAAUGUGUACAGAUUCCUGCCACUUUUUAUCUCUUAAAACGUGCUUUUAUGUAUACAGUUUUCUAAAGCUGAUUUUUCUUUUUCUUCUUGUCAUGUGUAUAUUACUUUUAACUGCCACUUUGUGCAGUUUCCUACCUUGUUUCGUCCUUUUUUGUAAAUAUAAAUAAAGUUAUUUGCAUUCAUACCUCA